AUGUCUGUCACCAAUUCGAUGACAUCUAAAUCCACAGCACCAACCACAGCGUCAUAUUUAGCCAAAUCCUUUUCUAUCCCCUUGGACCUGAAUCGUGAUUCAACUUGUAUAAACCAUAGAUCAGGCUUAUUCUUCCAAAACUUAGGAAAUCCUAUUUCUUGUAUUUUAGGAACACUUCGACCACCUGGCUUAAUCGGCGGAUCAAAGCCUAAAGUAGCAACACCAGCCGUUGUCUCCAAAAUCGAACAGUACAAAAGAGAAAAUCCUACAAUAUUUGCGUGGGAAAUACGUGAACGGCUUAUAUCCGAAGGCGUUUGCACAAACGCAACAGCGCCAUCAGUUUCCUCAAUAAAUCGUAUUUUGCGGAACAGAGCAGCGGAAAGAGCAGCAGCUGAAUUUGCAAGAGCAGCAAGUUAUGGUUACAUUCAUCCUACCCAUCCGUAUACUAGUUUUCCAACUUGGUCACCUACAAUGACCGCACACUUAUGGCAACCAACAGCAGGUACACCUAAUAGUUUGCAUAAUCUUCCCACAAACAGUUCUGCAACGAGUUUAAAUACAUCCUUACCAGCACUAUCUCCAGACUCCGGUAGUCGUGAUACUUUAGGCUCACCUGAUGCUAACAGAAUGAUUGAUAUAGAAGGCGAAGACACUGAUUCAGAUGAUAGUGAUCAGCCAAAAUUUCGUAGAAAUCGCACAACAUUUAGCUCAGAACAAUUGGAGGAACUUGAAAAAGAAUUUGAAAAGUCACAUUAUCCUUGCGUCAGCACCCGGGAAAAAUUGGCUGCAAGAACAUCGCUUAGUGAGGCUAGAGUUCAGGUUUGGUUUUCCAACAGACGAGCGAAAUGGCGACGCCAUCAACGAGUAAAUCUCCUGAAA